CUCUGCCAUGGCAGCAAAGCAGUGCAAAAUCCUCAUGGAGCUGAAACAGGAGCAGGCAGAAAUCCAGCACCUGCAAAACAUCUACAGGGCAGCCCAUCAAGAAAGAAAGCUUUUGUUAAAGCAGCAAAGAGAAAUCUUAAUGAUGCAGCAUUCAACAGCACAACUCCAGGAAAAGCUGCACAGUUUGUCUGGGAAGCAGGAGGUUGUGAAGUCACAGUCGCUGGAUGUCCUGGCUGUGAGGAACCAAGCAACUGAAGAAGCAAUAAAGCUGAAGAAAAUGAAGCUUACUUCUGGCCCAAGGUCCUGUUCCUCUUCAGCAGAGUCUGCAGCCCCCCCAGAAAGACCUGAGCUGUCAGGGAGUAAAGAGAGUUGUCUCCAGCUAAAGCACAAACAGAAGAAACAUGAGGGCUUUUCUACUGAGAACAAGGAAACACUGGGACAGCACCAGAAACAGGCAGAGGAGUCCCCAGGUUUGGAGCAGUCCCUUGGUGUGAAAAUGUCCAGAAUGGUGGCCAAGAGAGUGUGUGGUGCUGCUGGUGAAACCACAGGCUCAGUUUUUAUGGCUAAAGACUGCAGAAACACAGAACUUACUGCUCAGGGUGAUGUUUUAUUACCUCUGGAACAUAUAAAUUCAGCUAAAAUGGAUGAACCUGUAUCUACACCAAUUACCAGAGAAGGCAGACAGUGUGCAUUUCAGGAAUCUGUGCUGCAGGAAGAGGCACUUCUUUCAAACCCAGAGGUGGAUCCUAAAGGCAAUGCAGAUUUUAGUCCAUGUGGCAGCAAGUUCACAAUGAAAAGCCUGGGGAUGCUUUCUACCUGGUGUAACUUAUGCAUGGUUCAGGCAGAGAAUGCUCUUGAGGGAACGGUUAAAGAAGUGGAGGUGCCUGUUCCUUAUCAGCUGGAUGACAGUCAGUGUUUGAAGCAUUUGGACCAGUGUUUCUCAUGAAGCUCCUGAUGAAGAACUAAAUUUAAAAGCAUUUUCUGAAGGAUUUUCUUCCACUGAAUCGUCAUCCAAGUCAAAUGACUUCUUUUUGAAAUGUGAAAGUGCCAAAUCAGGCUCUUCACCCCCAGAAUUUCAGGUGGUGUCUGCAGUUCGGGUUGACAUCUCAGCAAGCUCCAUUUCAGGUUCAGAAUUGGAGCUGAACCAUGGAGAGGACACAGAUGGCAGUGUCCCAGGAGAGUUUGUCCAUGACAGUGGUGAAGUGUCUCCUGAUCUUUCAAAAGAGGUGCCAACAGCAAUAAGUAAUGGAAAGGAAACAUCACCUACUGAUGAUCAUGAACUGCCUGAAGAUGACAGCGCUGAGGUUUUGUCACGCUCCCAGCUCCCAUCCCCUGGAGAUGGGUUGGGUCAUGGCUGCACUGAUCAUCUGCUUUCUCUCACUCCAGCAAACAAAGCAAGUGCCUCCAAAACCAAGCCAGCACGUUCCUCCCAAUCUGCUAACCCUGAGGAGGGAACGGGUGAGCCACACCUGGAUGCCUCAGGAAGCUCCAGUAGAAACCAAUCCUGUUCUCAGGAGAUCCCAGAACAGGGUACUGAUGCCUCUGUCAGCUCCUCAUGCAGUGAUGAUAUUUACUCACCUAAGAUCUACGAACAGCAGAAACCUAAUUCUGUAGCUAACAGAGUGUUAGGGGAAAUUAGAGGUUCAUUUGUGGAUCAGAACAGAGACCUGAAGGGUUUUCCACCAAUGGUUUCUUUGAAACAUCGAGAUUUAGUUACUGACCAAGUGGGGAACAUUGUUUCUUUUCUGCCUGACAGAGAUAUUGCAAAUAACAAACUGUUAGCAUGUCCAUCUCCCCAGAGGGGCUCUGUUCUUCUGCCUCCUCAAAAAAGCAUUUAUUUCAGGCUGAGCACUGCUCUUCUAAAGGGGAGGAUGAUGCAACCUCUAUCAGUGAUAAGGGUCUCCCUCCAACUGCUGAGGAUGCCUUGUCGGAAAUCCUGUCUCCUGGGGAUGAAGUAUUGUCCUGUGGAAGUGCUGACUUGCCAUCCUCUGACAAAAAGGAUUUGUCAUUGCCAAGUGAAGAUCUUCUUCCUCCCUCUUUAGGUGCAGGUGCAAUGAAAAAUGAUGAUCCUACCUUCAGCCCAGAUGAUUUCCCAUCCCCACCAGAACAAAUGACAGGCUCAGAGACCAGUCAGGGGAUGGGUGAAGAUACAUCACUGGAAAUGGAUGCAUGGCCCCCAUUACCUGAUAACAUCGUGCCUCAAGAAUUUCCCCGCUCAGUCAAGAGACAAUUGAUGCUUUUUCAACUCAGGGUGGUUGUCACUCAGAACAAUCUUCACUUCAAGCCACUUCCAGCCCAAAGGAGGACUUACCAGAACACCAGCAAGGAGACUGUGAGACAUCUUUGCAGCAUUUGGAGCUCCUGCCUGUAUCAAACCCUAUUUUUUCUGGUCAGGCCAGUAAAAGUCCUGACUUAUUAAUGAACCAGUGUACAACAGAUUUCAUGCUGCCCAGCACUGAGGGGGACAGUGAUGACCCAUUGCUGUCAUUUGAAAUUGGGGACAGGGUGUUGGUAAAGCAGAGCCAGUCUGGAACUCUGCUGUUCAAAGGACAGACUCAUUUUGCCAGUGGCCACUGGGCUGGUGUUGCACUGGACAAAGCUGAAGGUGACAAUGCUGGGACUUACCAAGGGGUGAAGUAUUUCCAGUGUGCUCAGCACUGUGGUGUCUUUGUCAGGCCUGAGGAGAUCUCACACCUCUUGGGGGAUAACAAAAAGACUUCCAGUUCCUCUGGGGGUGAAGAUUCUGACUCUGAUGAUGGUGAAUCCUUCAAAGGGGACUGCAGAUACUCUGGAGAUGACGAGCAGAGAGCGGGGUUUACAGAGCAGAAAACAGAAGACACAAAAAGUGCAGGAGGCUCAGAAGUAAAAGAAAGCCAGUCCAGGUUACACACUGCCUUUCUGUCUAGAAAAGGGCAGAAGUUUCCACCUUGCAGCCAGUAUAAGUGUACUGAAUUUCUCUGUGAAAAGAACUUGAUGUGCUUGGGAUCAGAUAAGGAAAAAACAGAGCUGGCACAAAUAAAACAAAGGAUACUUGCAGCUGUGCUUCCAGUGAAAAGCAGGACCAAUACCACAGAUGAGGUAAACACAAGUAAAAAUAUUUGUUGCUUGGUAGAGGAUCAGAAAAGAAUUAAACUUGCUGAUGAUGUUGCAAGUGAACUCGGUAAAAAACUUCUGUUGGACAUUUUAAUUGCGUUUUCUGAAACAGCUCAACACAAAUAUAAAAGUGCCUUUGAAAAGGACAUGAUGAAUUACAGCAAAGGCCUCAGGCAAGGAGACAGCCAGAAACUGUUUCUCCUCAAAGGAAAUUCAGCUGCUGUCUUAUCUGAACCAUCAGCAAAGGUUUCUGAUGUUCUCCUCGGGGAUUUUGAUGCGCUUUGCAUUCAUGGUUGUCACACAGUAGCAGAAAGAAUUGUAACUAAAUUUAUAGACGAUGCAGUGAAAGAAUAUAGGAAGAUUAAAAGAAAACACGGAUCAAAAGCAGACAAGAUACUUCAUUUAUCUUCAGAGACUUCUCCAACCACUCUGCCAUUCCUUGAUAAAAUCCUUGAUGCUGGUGUUUUUGGAAGCUCUGAAGACUUUGUUCAGCCUAAUUCUGACCAACAUAUGCUGAUGAGACAAAAACAAAGGCAAUACUUGUACAAAUUAGAUCAGUGGCACUCAGCUCCUUGGAAGAAAACUGUGGAAGUUCCUCUUGUGAUACCACAUUACAGUUCUUAUGUUAGAAACUUGUCUGCGUGUGCUGUAGAAGAAUUGUGGACCCCAGAAGACAUAAAUUCAAAUUUCAGGAGCAUCAGUGUGCCAAAGUACUCUGAAUGUAAUGAUCUCCCAGGGAAUGAUUUGGAAGCAGAAAGCAAGAGGAUGUAUAAUCAGGUUAUAUUUGACUUGACCCGGGAGCUGUUACGUGCAGAAUAUCGAGUGACUGCAGAUCCAAAUAGUUUUCCAUGGAUGAAAAUAAACGUGGGAUCUCGUUGUUCCAGGCAUCCCUGUGGAAGAACAGAUGUCAGUGAUGUCAAGACAUUUGUUCAGGGUGAAAUUAUUAAAAUAAUGAACCUGGAAAAGAAUGACUUAGAAAUGAAAAGGAAAUUCCUAAAUAUGACCAAGUAUGGAAACUGUAAGAGAGACAGACUGGAUCUUAUUCUGAUUCAGGAGCUCCAUAAAGAAGAGUCUCAGUGGACUUAUUAUGGUGAUGAUGAGUUAACAGUGAAGAUGAGGAUGACUGAAGGCAUAUUUGAUUGCUUGAUCCUUGAUACAAUCAGAGUUCUUAAUAAGAUUUACCUGAGAAAAGCCUGUGAUUAGAAGUUUUUCCUCAUGGGCCCAAAUGGAGGAAUUUUAAUCUCUGAUUUUUUUUCUUUAUUUUUCAGUCAAGAAAUGAGUGAUUUAAGAACUUUAACUCUGAACUUGUGCCCAAUACCAGUGUGGCCUUGGCCUAAUUUGUACAUUCAUAUUUAUGCUGAAAGGAUCAAGGAGAGACUUAUGCAGAUAGAAAAAUAUCACACAAAAUACUCUCCUUGUGUUCUGUGCUUUGGGGAGGCUCAUUAAGAUCGAUGGUCUUCUUAGACUGAUGUCCAACAGAAUCCAAAGGGGAAAUUUUUUCUCUUUUUUAAUUCAAGACUGCACUUUAUCUGCUUUGAAGAGCACAAUGUGUUUUAAAAUUGUAUAUAAGUCUCUCCAAACAGGUUUCAGAACUAAUUUGUGUGCAAACGAUCUUAUUCUUGUUAUCAUGCUCAGGUUUGUGAAUGCUUUGAAAACUGUGUUCAGAAAAUCACUGGUGACUGUCUGAAGAAUGUAAAUGUGCAGAUGGAGUUGCAUCUCCCAGAUCCUGAAUUGCUGUGGGCCUCUGUAGUUUGGAAUAAACUCCUCUAACUGGAACAAGUCUAAAACUUUUCCUGAUGGGUACAGCAGAUUUUAAAGUGACUGUGCCAUCAUUAUUGUUUUUAAUACAUUGUGGAACCAGUUAAAAAUAGCCUGGAGAUGGUUCCAGAGAUGUGACAUAGGGAAUGGCAGGACCUAGAGCCAGAUGUUCAGUUUAAAUGUCUGUAAUUUUAUGUAAAUGAGACAAAUACUGAUGCAAUGCACUUUAACUGGGAGACUUUCCUACCAGUAACUUCAGUGUCUGUCAAUUAAAUUAUGUGCAUGUGAUUUGGGUUAUUUAUCAUCCAGUUCACAUCAGCCUGUUGAAUUCUUACAACAUCUAAACAUGGGGUGCUGGGGAUGUGCUUUAAGUGGCAAAACAGAGGAAAUCAAUAAUCCUUUUCUAAUGGCAAAACAUUGGAAAAAGUGGAAACCCCAAGAUUUUAGCAAGGAAAUAUAAGCAUUCCCUGAGCGUGGUAAUCAGUUCACUAUGGAAAUUGCUGUCCCACCUCUUUUGCCUUGGUUGUUUUCCUACUGAAUUGUUUCAUGUUGAAUUCU